AUGGAGCCUGUGAACGCGGAAAAUUCCAGCUUAGAUAAGCUUCGCGUCAACGAAUUUUGUCAUCUUCUUGAAAAAUCCAAACAACUUUUUAACGGCCUCAGGGACUUACCGCUUUACGGCCAUAAACAAUGGCAGACGUAUUUUGGACGUACUUUCGACGUCUAUACCAAACUCUGGAAAUUCCAGCAGCAGCACAGGCAGAUAUUAGAUGAGAUUUAUGGACUAAAACGGUGGCAGAUCGGGGAGAUUGCCUCUAAGAUUGGACAACUCUACUAUCAUUAUUACCUAAGAACCAGCGAUACUUACUACUUGCAAGAAUCGUUCUCAUUCUUCUCAGCCAUCCGCACCCGAGAUUAUUUUUCCAGUUCAAAAAAAGAAGAACGGGCCGAGCUGGCUGUCAAAACCCUGCGGUAUUAUGCAAGGUUCAUAAUCGUCUGCCUGCUAUUGAAAAAGCUGCGCCUUGUCCGGGAUUUGACAAAAGAAUUUUCCAGACACAUAAGUGACUAUGCCCCACUCUAUGGCCCAGAGGAUCAAGCGGAAUGGAAUAUUGUCGUACAAGAAAUUCGUGACUUCGUUGAGGCAGACAACAUAUGUACUGUUCUAAGUGGCGAGUCAACUCCGGUCGUUAUUACAAAUCGCCUGACUCCCUUCAGUUGUCUGCCGCCUGAAAAAACAAAUAUUCCCUCAAAGCAACUUCAUUUGGCGGAAAUCCUCAUUGUCGGCAAUUGCUUUGACCAAAUCCGCUUCAGCGAACUCACUCUUGAUAUGUUUCGAAUCCUGCAGUGUCUGGAACAUGAUACUCAAGAUAACUUUGGCAAUACUCCCCACCCCCUUUCCAGUCUGAGUCGAGCCCAAAAAUGUGUAGAAAACGGCUCCGGUAGUGGUACUCCUAACCAAUCAACUCCCAUCCCUCCACAAUCGAGCUCCCCCGGCGAACCACGCACGUCAAAUCCACACAAAUAUCUCCUAUACAAACCAUCUUUCUCACAAUUCAACACCUUUAUGGCAGCCGGUUUCAUGGACUUGCCUAGCAAUGGUGUGCUUUUGUUGUAUAUUUCCGCAGAGGGUAUCAAGCCGGCCUCCAAGUGUUCCCCUGGUGGUAAGUAA